AUGGAAAUGGAGGUGCUGCCACAGAUGGAUGGAACAUGUGAUGCAUGUGAGCCUGAUGAGCCUCUACUGGCCACACAGGUGUGCCACACCUGCAGCUUUGCUUUCUGUUGUUUGCAUGCUGAUAGACAUGCCUCCAGUACGCAUCACCUGCUCACGCCCUUUAACCACGAGGGGACAUACGCUAAAGGAAAUAACUCAAACAUAAACUCUGGAAUUGGGGCUGAGGAAGAUUCUUUGAAGCGGUUGCCAAAUGAACAGAAUGUAUCUCUGAGGCAAGCAGCGAUUGAAGAUGAGAAUGGUGAGGAUAUGAAUGGCCAUGAAUCCAAAAAUCACCUGCUGCCGCAGGGUGCUGAGUUGGGAGCAAAGUGUUUGCAAGAUGGGCAGAAGGACAUGGCUGUUAAAGAGGAUGUGAAAAGGGACACUGUGACAGUAGAAAGACUACGAUGCAAGGAGCACGGACAGGACGGAACCCUCUACUGUAAACAGGAUGAAAAGAUUAUCUGUGUUGUGUGUGCUGUGCAGGGUGAGCACCAGGGACACGAGAUUAUUACCCUGCAUGAUGCUUACAAAUGGCAGAAGAAUAGACAGGGUCGUGACCUGCUUGACUGCACACAAAAGAUGGAAGAACAGCUCUCAAACAAAUGGACAAAUCCAGAGAUGUCUGCACUGGAAUUGGAGGCAUUUGUGAGCAGUCAGUUUGAAAUGCUUCACAGAUUGGUAAAUCUGGAAGAACAGAAGACCCUUCACCUCCUGGAUCUCAAAGAGGCAUCGCUGACAGCAUCUGCAGCAGAGAAGAUUGCGGAGAUCAAUGUCCAAACCGAGCGUCUGCAGGAAGAAGUGGCCAAUAUUACGCAUCAGCUUUACUUGUUGGACAGGGCAACAAUUGCUCCGGUGCUGGCAGUAGAGACCCUCGCAGACGCAUCGGGAGCAGGUCAUAGUUUAACGCAUGACUUUGAGUCCAGACGAAGACUACCAGUGCCAAGGGCAGACCCGGUGGACAGGCGGGACUUUGAAGACACAGAUUCUGGACCUUCCAUGGACCACGCCCCAUAA